AUGCCCUCUCUACUCGUCAUCAUCUUCGUGCUGGAGGUGGUCUCCCACCUGGUGAACACGAUCGGAGCGAACACCAUCAACAAUCUGCUCUGGACGUUGAUCAACUACCUCCCCGUGUCGACUUCGCAGGCGGCGAAGCAGCACCGCCAGCUGCAGGCCGAGUUCCUGAAGACGCGAAAGGAGCUGAAUGCAACCAGCAGCCAGGAUGAGUUCGCCAGGUGGGCGAAGCUGCGUCGGACGCAUGACAAGUUGCUGGACCAGCUGGAGAAGAGCAAGCAAUCCCAGGAAGCAUCGAAAUCCAAGUUCGACACCUACCUGACCGGCGUCCGACUCGCCGUCACAAAGGUCCCCCAGUACGGCCUGCCGUUCUGGUACUCCAAGGAGCCCAUGUUCUGGCUGCCGUACGGCUGGUUCCCAUACUACGCCGAGUGGCUCAUGUCCUUCCCCAAGGCGCCCAUGGGCAGCGUGAGCAUCGUGUCCUGGCAGUUGGCGUGCAACGGCAUGGUCACGCUCGUCACCGAGUUGAUUACCUCCGUUCUGGGACUCAUCCUCAUGAGGGCCAAGCAGAGCCCGCAGGGCAAGGCGAAGGUCAAGGUACCGGCCGGAGCAGGAGCUAAGACCCCCGCCCCUGCGGAGGGUGAAAAGAAGGAGCUUUGA